AUGGCAAAAAGGCUUCUAAACUCAUUCUAUCGAGAUGGGGAACAAGCCGACGUGAAUGUCUACCAAUACUUCUUCGAGGACCCUACCUUCUAUCAAGAGGUUUCGAAGCCUUCACCAGCUUCGGGCGUCGCAUCUGACGAGCUCUUUGGUGUCCCUAGUGAGUCUGAGAUCGAAGAAAAACCUUAUCCUUUGGUGUGGGGAGCGGAAGCACCCUUCUGA